AUGUCGCAUAUCAACGUUGAGAGUGCAUACAAGGAAUUCUGCGACCCCUCACCCCUUUGGCCGUUUGGUGGCGCCGAUAACGCCGCAGCGCUGCACCCCAGCAUCGCUGCCCAUGUGGCGGUGCACGUGCUCGCCACCCUGCGCCCCGCCGACAAGCGCAGCCUGCGCGCCGUCAACCGUGCCUGCCGCGCGCUCGUCAACGCCUCCGCGCCCCGCCUGCGCGUCACCACCGCGGCCGGCUUCCGCGCGCUCUGCGCGGCCGCGCGCGGCGGCCGCCUGCCUGCGCUGCGCGAGCUAGAGCGUGAUGCACGCGGAAGCUUCUCGGACGAGCGCGACCUGCUGCUCGCCGCGCCCCUGCCGCGCGGACUGGGCGGGGUCACGGCGCUCGUGCUCCGCUGCGGGAGCUGCCACGCGCGCGUGCGGCUGCAGACCAAGACGGUCAAAGCGAUGGUGGCGCAGCUAGGGGCGCUGCCGGCCCUGCGGCGGCUCGAGGUGUGGAUGCGCGACGACGCGUCGUCCGCCAAGGCGGCGACGGUUAUCAAGGCUGCGGCCAAGCAUCCUGGGCUGCAGGUUUUGAGGCUGCCAAGCACCUACGCGUUCGGCAAGGGCAGCCUGGCCCUGAGCCGGUCGCUUGCCCGCGGCGCUUGGCAACAGCUGCAGCAGCAGCGCCGUGCGUGA